UCACGCGCGUAAGCUCGCAUUAUAGCGCGCUCGCAGCUAGCUAGCCUCGCACCCGCCCAAUAUGUAAAUAUGGCCGACUGGGAGGACGACGAUUUUGAUCCUGAUGCGGGUUUCGCCAAGGCGACUGCCGGUGAUAAAUGGGAAGGAGAGGAUGAGGAAGAAGAUGUGAAGGAUGACUGGGCUGCAUCAGAUGAGGAGGAGGAGAAAGAGGAGAAAAAGGAGGCAGGUUCUACAGAGCAGACAGCGACUUCUGGAGAUGGAGGAGCAUUUCAAGUCAAAAAGAAGAAGAACAAUUUAGAAAAAGCAUUGCAAAGGAAAGCUGAAAAGAGGAAAGAGAAGCUAAAGGAAGCUGAAAAGGUUACGUUAACACCAGAGGAGGAGUUAGAGGAAAAGAUGAGACAACAGAAACUGCAAGAAGAGUCAGACCUUGAACUUGCAAAAGAAGCUUUUGGUGUAGGGCUUGAUGAUGGUGGAUCACUAUCACUAGACACCAUGAAUCCCACAACGGAAGAACAGUUUACGGAAUUUGGGAAGCUACUAAAAGAUAAAUUAUCAUCGUUAGAAUCUUCAGAUUACUACCCUUAUCUUCUAGAGGAUGUUUUUCAAUCAUGUUGUGUUUGCCUUGACAGUGAACAAGUAAAGAAAUUAGGAAGCUGUUUAACAGCAAUAGCAAACGAGAAAGCAAAAGCACAAAAGGCCUCUAAAGGAAAGAAAGGCAAGAAGAAAGCAGUCUUAGCAGGGAGUGGAAAGUCGGCAAAGAAGGACGAGUUUGACGACUUUGGUUACGGUGGAGGUGAAUUUGACGAUUUUAUGUGACGAAGACUUUUCAUCUUAGGCCAACCUCUCUUCACCAUCUCUAUCCAGCCAUGCGUACUUGUGAGAUUGAAAGUUAUUUAUGGAACACUCUAAGACAAGCAUUAUACGAGUAGAUAAACGAUAAAGAGCAUGCAUUUUUUUUCUGUGAUGUUUAUAAAAGUCUAUUUAAUUGAUUUGUUGAGACAUUCUAUCAUGAUGUACAUGUACCUUUGCUUGCAGGCAAAAAAUUAUCUUUUUUAUUUUCUAGGGCUACUUUUCACAACUUACUGCCUUAAUCUGCAACAUUGGAUAAGCUGUAAGCAUUUCGACGUGUGGGGAAUUUCCAGGGCUCUUUUGAGCAUUUUGGGGCCUAAAUCGCCAAUAUUCCCCGUGUAAUUUUUUUACCAUGCUUUGCAGUCCUGUGUCAUAAAUCACCUAGAAGUUUUGUAUUGAGAUGAGUCUAGUGGCGAUUUGAUUUUAAUAAAAGAAAAAUAUUUGGGAAGGUUUGAUUGAAAAGGAUUAUGAAUUUAAGGUUUUUCAAUUUGUGACGUAAUAUGCAAGCAGCUGUUCCAUAUAUCCUGUAAUAUAAAUCCCAUAAAUUUCAAUUUUUGAACAGAACGUCAUGCUUAGAAAUAUUUUUCUAAGAGAAAGUGGUAGGAAAUUCAAUUUUUGAAUGGAACGUCAUGAUUAGAAAUAUUUUUCUUAUAGAAGUGGUAGGAAAUAAUGUGUCUAGCUAUAUUCACUCCACAUAUGAUUUCAAUAAUUUGUUUGAAAAUGAAAAUGUGGGGAACUCGUAUCACACAACAAAUUGAAGAGCUGCUCGUCUGUGACAUCACAGAAUAAAAAAUCAAAACUUCGUAACUCUGUUAUAAUUUGAAGGAUUUUCAUCGAAACUUCGCAAAUGUUUUUCUCCACAUCGUCGGGUGAAUUUCCCCCUUUGAUCUUUAUAUCGGCCUUUUUAAUUCGAUUUCAUUUUUACUAUGAAUAAGUUGUAUUUACUAGGUUAAACAUGCUCUGUAUUUGUGGCUAUCCUCUUGACUGAUUGUUUUUAAAUAAACUUAUUAUCUUGUGCCAUCCAUUUCUUUCAUUCAUGUGUAUUGGAUUUGAAAAAGACUCAUAAGUGAUUAAUUCUUUUUGACGGCCCCCAAAACUGAGAAGUAAAAACUACAUGUAGCUGUGUAAUGAUAGCAGCAAAAGCUUUGUAAUUUAAUAUUUACAUGAAUUCCUUUUUUUUCUCCUUCAUAUGAGACUAUACAUGUACAAAAGGGAUAUUUCAGGCUGCGACUACUGAUUUAGAUAGAGUGAAAUCAAGUAACCAAAACAAAACUAAAAAUGAAUUCAAAGAUCAGAUAAAGAAUAAUACAGUUAUAAUAACAUUCUAAAGUUUGUAUUAUUUUUGUGGAACAGGUCAGUUCAGGUCAUCAUGAAUCUGUCAUCUUCCCUUUUAUAAGAAAUGAGAAUUCUUAUUUUCUUCUUCAUGGAAUUUUCUAUAAAUGAAGUGCAAGGUCAUUGUUAGCGUAAAUGAGUUUAUUUACAAGGCAUAUAUUUUUGUACACUUUUAAAUAUGAAAAAUUUAAUUUGAAAAAAAAAACCCCCAGAGGGUAAGUGGUAAAAUGAUAUUGCUCAAUGCAUUCUCAUGAUUACUUGCAUACUCCUGCUUCACUGAAAUAAUGCAGAACUUUAACUAAAUAUUUUUGAAGGUUUACAUGACGAAGAAGAAUAGUGUAGUAGGUUUCACGGUACUUGGAUGAACUUUUUAGUGAUUUGCUUCUUCAAUUUUACUCAGUUUAAUAAUAUCUAUUUCCAACCUGAAGCACCCCUUAAACUAUAUCGUAUUUUCUAUUUUUUUGAAAAAUUUUGCCAUAAAGCAGGUAACUGCUUUAUACUUCUUUCUCUUAAAGUUAACUUUUUUGAAAUCAUUAUUUUUCUUUUAAUUUUAACCUGGUGUGAAUAUUGAUACACUUCUUUAUUACCCUUUAAUGUAUAUUCAACAGACAGUCUUGUAAAAAAUAAAGAAACUUGUCUUCCGUACAUUUUAAAGCUUUAUUUUUUAAGGACAUGCGUUAUAUGAUUGUAUUUUUUUCUUACAGGAAUUAUUAAGCAUUCCAUUUUCUGUUAUUUUAUUACAUCUGGUGGGUGUUUCAUAAAGCUGUUCGUAAGUUAAGAGCGACGUUUCUUGUGGAAAAUGGUAUAUUCAUUGACCAUGGUUAAACGUGUAAGAAAGGUUCACCAGUCAUUCUUAAAGUUGCUCUCAACUUACAAACAGCUUUAUGAAACACCCACCUGAAUGGUGCCAAUGUCUCCAUGUGAGAUAUGCCCUUUUAUGGCGUAUCCAAGCCUUCCAAGCCUUUUUACUGUAAAAAAACAAGACACCUGAUUGAAUAUUCAUUUUUACCCCAGAUGUUUUCUUUGAAAAUGUUUAUAUUUUCAAGUAUAUCUUUUAAAUGUAUUGCCUGUUAUUAAAGCUUACAAAUUCAUUCAAA